CGGUGUCUGUCUGGCGUUGAACAUAGACACUGCUAGUUCGGUAUGAAGCAGUAUAUAAAUGAAGCUGGAGCUGUUUUGUACCAGUAUGGUUUAAUGGUUUGUUGGACCAUGACUCUGGAGACCAAGGAGGAUCCCAUCUUGAUUCGUAAUUUUAAAGGCCAUGAAGAUGCAGUCACCUGUGUUGCCUUCAAUCCCACCACUAAAGCACUUGCUACCUCUUCCCUUGAUAGAUUUCUUAUGAUAUGGAAUCUGAGACCAAACUCCAAAGCCUUCAGAUUUGUAGGUCAUGUAGAAGGUGUAACUUGUGUACAGUUUUCACCAGAUGGGCACUUGCUGGCCUCUGCUUCUCAAGACAGGACAGCCAGGCUGUGGAUUCCUUGUAUUCACGGUGAAUCUACAGCAUUGAAAGGCCAUACUGCAUCAGUCCGCAGUGUGAACUUCUCGCAUGACAGUCAGUUUCUAGUUACUGCAUCCAAUGACAAGUCAAUAAAAGUAUGGAAUGUUUACAGACAGUAUCUUUUGUUUACCUUAUCCCAGCACACACACUGGGUGCGCUGUGCCAAAUACUCACCUGAUGGGAGAUUAAUAAUAUCUUGCAGUGAAGAUAAAACGGUUAAAGUCUGGGAUAUACGGAACAAGGCUUGCAUUGAUAGUAUAAUAGACCAUGAUGGAAUUGCAAACUAUGUGGACUUCAGUCCUGAUGGUACUUGCAUAGCUUGUGCAGGUUCUGAUCACACAGUGAAGAUCUGGGAUAUUCGAACAAACAAGUUGUUGCAACAGCACCAAGUUCACAGAGCUGGAGUUAACUAUGCAUCUUUCCAUCCUUCUGGUAACUAUCUUGUCACGGCUUCCAGUGAUGGUACCCUUAAGAUUAUGGAUCUUUUAGGAGGAAGACUUUUAUAUACACUUCAUGGACAUAAGGGACCUGUCCUUUCUGCAGCCUUUUCGAAAGGUGGGGAAAUGUUUGCCUCUGGUGGUACAGAUGCACAGGUGUUGCUGUGGAAGACAAAUUUUGAUACAUUUGAAUAUAAGAAAGUUCUCAAAAAACAUAUGCGAAGAAUAUAUACUGAUGAUCCCCCCCACCUUCUUGAUAUUUACCCACGAUCACCUCAUCAUCAUCAUCAUCAUGCAAAAUCACAGUCAAUAGAGAUAAAUCCCAGUUAUGAUGUAACAGACAUGCAAACAUUUGACCCACCUGUCAUAGAUAUUAGCUCUUCAUUUUCUGCAGUAUCUCCGACAAAGGUUCAGCAGCAGCCUUGUGCUCUAUCCUCUCCAACAGUAUCAAAAAGGAAUUUGGAGGGUGAAAAACAAAUAUUGCACACUAUGGAGGAGCCAGGCACUAUGGAGGAAGCCAUAGGCAUUUCGCCAGUUCUGACUAACGCCUUGGAACACAUUGUUGAACAACUUGAUGUUUUAACACUUACUGUCUCAAUCUUGGAGCAGCGCUUAACUUUAACUGAAGAUAAACUGAAAGAAUGCUUAGAGAACCAAGAGAAGCUGUUAUUUUCUGUCCAUCACUGAGAAUAACCAAUAUGAAUCUUGAUAGACACUUUUUAAUAUGUUUUCAGGGAAGUAAUGGAUGGCAGUCAUAAAAUAAAGCAAAGAAAAAGUGUCUGUAAGAAAUUUACUGAAAAUCAUUGAUAAAAU